AUGCCUCCAAGGUCAGAUUUUGGAACUGAUCAAUUCAACUUCGACCUUGCUGCACCUCCAGACUGGCUAUUCACAGCAGGCGACACCAUAACCGGCAACCUAGUACGCAAGACUCCAAUUGUCACUCCAGAAGCGACAAUAACAAUAUCAUUAAGAGGCUCCGCUCAGAUCGAGCUCUUUAAAAAAUCUAAAAACCCAUCUUACCAUGAUUACUGGAACUUAUUGGAUCCCGCCCAAAGGGUCCUAUACAAAGGACCCAUGCAUCUAGCCGAAGACAGCAAUGAGACUCUUACCUGGCAAUUCUCCGUCAACAUCCCUCUUAAUCCCGUACAAUCAUGUACAGAAGGACACCGACCCGAAGCAAGCUUUCUUCCUCUCGACAAGGCCAAUCGAGAGUAUCAAGUUCUCCCAGGAACUUUCUUCGCCGCUGACACAGCUACAAAUACUCGAGGAUUCGUGGAGUAUUUUCUCAUCGCGCACCUGAAUUACAAAAGUAAAGGUCGACCUGAGUCUUUCAGAGCUAUUCAUCGAGUUAGUCUGCGGAAUCCACCGGAGGUAGCGAGUAAUCGCCAUAUGACAAAUACAUUGCACCAGUCGAAUAUCAUUCAAAGCUAUCGACUCUUACCAAGAAUGGAAAACAUGUCUUUAUCAUUGACGCAGAAGAUGCAACGAUUCUGGAAUCCGUCAAUUGUGCCUAAGUGUCAAUAUACUGUGUCUCUCGCAAUUCCAACUGUCAUUCAACUCAAUGAUUCGGACCCAAUCCCCGUUCAAUUAGAAAUAAAGAAGAGGCCUGAAAACACGAGUGUUAACUUGCAUGACACCCCACAGAACUUCCAACUUGAGAGUGCGGAAAUGUUUAUUAGAAGUCGAACAGCUCUUUCUGUGCCUAGGAAAAUCUCGAAGUCCUCCGAAGCCACCAUGUACUGGAAUGAAACCAACCUGAACCUUGGACAGGCUUUCAGGGAGCUUGAAGAUCCACUCUUCAUAAUGACAGGGGAAGAAUCGAAUAUCAUGCACAUUGGAAAGAAAUUCCAAUUGGUCCUUCGUCCUACGGGCCUAUUUUCCGAAGACCGGCGUCUUUCUGAAAACGUUCAAGAUAUUUCUCCCGAUUUCAAGACGUAUUGCAUCAAAAAUAACCAAGUACAGAGAUGGGAGAUUAAUUUGAAUAUCGCGGGUGAAAGUCAUAAACACAUUUUCUGGAGCGAUCUCAAGAUAGUUACAGGAUUGUAA